AUCAAAUGAAAACGAAAUCUUCAACUUCACAUGAAAAAUGCUCAAGUGAGGAGUUUGCCAUACUUCCAACAGGGCUUCCGCCGACCCUGUGAGUUUAUAUGUUUACGUAUUAUGUUUGCUAAAUAAAAUCUAUAAACGAGAAAUCGAACAGAUUUAUUUCAUUUAAAAACCAUUUACCCACAAUGAUAGCAUCGCCAUCGCAUCGGUGAGACAGGUAGCAUUCCGAUAUCUUAUUCGCCGACAAAAAUAGCUCCUUACUUCGAGCGUGAAGACGAAGUUUGCACUGAUAGCCAGUUCAUGGUGUGUGCAUUGUACACAUGCCGGUAGAGAUUAGAUAAAAACGCUGGUAUAAAACGUACCUAUAGAUAACAGGUACCAGCUCGCAAUAGAAUGUACACACAAUCACGUAAUUUAAUUCCGCGAUUCCUGCCGACCGGACGGGCACUUUACAGCAGCAACAGCAGCACGGAUUCUCGAGGCGCGUUAGAACACGUUCUCGAAACUGUACAUCCAAAUGGUUGCAAAACCACCGUAAAUUUCGACGAAUUAUCAUCUCAUCGCUAACUAAGUGCUGAAUAACGCUUCUCGCAACCAACCAGGGUUGAAGCAAGCGACACAAGAGUGCAGUUUAAACAGCAUCAGCGUCAUCACGAUUGCCAGCUGAGCAAAAAAACGAGAUAAAACAUUAGGUUUUGCUGUGGUUGUUUAAAGAAACAAGUGAGCGCAGAAAAAGUGGUGAAAUAUCGCAGUUUUAUAAUAGAGUGUGGUGCAAAAAGUGCAAAUUGAUUUGAAACUACCGAAGGUGGUAAAGUCACCUGGCAGUUUGUGGCGUUACUGCUGAAGUUCGGUGGCAGUGCAAACAGAAUGUCAUACAAUUAUAGCCCGCGGGGCCGAACGUCCAGCCAGAGCUCGAUUCACGAUUACCCGGAACACUUGAAUCCGUUCUACGAAGAUGAUAACCACAAACGGCUCCGAUUCUGGCAUUUGGGCAGCCAUCGUCACGACAAACCCAGAUCCGAGCGCCGUGGCAGUCUGGUCAGCAUCCGAGAUGGGCUGCGGGAUAUGUGGGAGUUCAAAACCUUCCGGUUAAAGAAGAAACGCUCGUCCACAUUGGGUAUCAACAAGACUUCGGAAAGUCCACCUCCCCUCCGGCGGGAUGACCACGAUUCACAAUACCACACCAUCAGCAAUGCAUCUGCCUAUCGAACCACAAUUGGUGCAGUCGGAUACAGUCAGUCUAGCUCGAACACACCACUGUUUGAAAGAAAUGGACGUUACCGCAGCUCCCUACAAAAUCAGUCAAAUGGAAAUGGAAUUGGAUUCCGUAGAAAUGAUCGCUAUCGAAGCACAGUUCAGAAUGGCUACGCGACUUAUAGCGGGGCCGCACUGGCUACGUCUACUCCUCGCUCCAGGUAUAACAACAGCACUAUCGAACGUGGUAUGACCUCCGGGGUAUCACAAUCUAGUCUCAAAACAACUAAUCCGUUCGAAGACGACGACGAUGGUGGAUCAAUGAGCGAGAGUUUCGUUAGCAAUAAUGGAACAUUACGGACGAGACAACGCAAGAAGCGUCGAGCACCGCCUCCGCCAAUGCAGAAACUGGCCACAUCCUCAGUCGAACCAGCCGAUGCCACGACCCUUGCCGUUAGAUUGAAGAUCGAGGAACCGCAAACUCAGGAAAGCCUAGAAGAUAUACACCAACUCACCAACCUCACAGCAGAAAUCGAAUCAUUUGUACGAACAACCUCGAAUGAUGAUGUUGCGGACGUUACCUUAGAACAGACUCAACCUACACCUUGCAGUGAUACCAAUAACAAUAAUGUAAGCGAACUCAAAAUAGUCGAAACGGUAGACGACCGAUCGCAGGAAAUCAAGCUAGAAUCAGCCGCAAGGAUUCAAGAUGACCGUUUAAGGCCUGCUCAACAUGAACUACAGCUUCAAGGAGAAUCAUCAAAAAUACGCACCGAUGCUAUGUCUGUUAUACCAGAACCAGUAGAGCAAAUCUCUCAAAUUGAAGAGCUCAAAAUUGUCGAUGAGCAAAGGCAUGUAACCCUCCCUCAGCCUUCCCCCCGUGCAAGACCAUCCCCACCUCCAAUUCCGAAAACUCCUCCGAUAAUGGAAGAAAUGGACAUAGAAAACGUUUCACUCCCCGAAACGCCAAUUCCAGCUAGACGUACCAACAAAAACCGCAACCAACCAAAAGUUAACGGAAAUAUACUACAAAUAACUGAAUCCUCAGAUUCGGCGGCAACCACUGCAACCGACGAGGAGCAGAACAUGGAAUCCAAAGCGGCCAAACACGUUAACUACGAAUUCGAAUACAAGGUAGAACCAAUCAAAACGGAAAUAAAUGAAAAAAUCGGAACCGCCCGAAUGAAAAUAAGCGAAUCGGCAGGUGAUGUCAAUGUGGCCCCGCACGUAGGUACCGAACGGAGACGCUCGGUGCGGGACAUCAUCGAAUCUAUCAACAAGAGUCAGAGCCUACUCAAAGUCAACCAAGACUCAACGGGAACGCUGUACUCGGCUAAAUCGACUGACAGUGUUAACCGCAAUUUGAAAGAACUGAACGAAAGAGAGCGAGAACUACAACUCCUGAUCAACGAGAUGGACACUCAUUUCGGUGGACGUGCAUCGGAGCCUCCAACCAGGAAACGCGGCUCCUAUUACGACAAUGUACCGGAAGGUGGCGAUGAAAACGCAGACAACCUCUUGAGCAACUCGGAUAUGCGCUCUAAAAAGAGCCCUACCAAAUCACUAGGCAUGGAUCAAAGCGAAGAGACACAGUUCAAGGAUUGUAUCGAUUGGAACCCAUUGCCAAAACCUCGACGAAGUCGUCAUUUUCCCGACCAACCACCGGUGUUGACUGCUUCCGGAGCUACGGGCAAUGGUUUCGCUGGUCUGGAUCAGAAUAAUACUGGUUGUAAAAAGAGUUAGUUGACCGUUUGCUAGAAUGCUUCGAGAAAAAUGUUGGUCCAUUAGAUAGUUAUAGCUUAUUUAUUCAAAUAUCAAAAUCAACUGUUGCCUUAAACAUCGCAUCAAUUGUUCUUGUUUUAGUCGUGCUACUGUUUGAGACUAACACAUUUCAUGUAAAUUUGUAGCGUCUACACAUUGGACCAGAAUAAAAAAGGCGUUUGUGAAUACAAUUGAGUGUCAUUCGUUACUGUAACGUGACGAAUGAAAAUUUUUUAAAGUCACGUAAAUAAAAAAAACGAAACGAAACGAUUCGUUACUGUAGUAUGUAAGUAAUACCCCAACAAACAAGGAAAGCUGACAGAGGCGACGCAUCGGUACGUUCAACCCUAGGGGCAGAUCA